AUGAGCGACUUCCCUGCCGUCAUCAUUCCGCCCGCAUCAUCCCCCUCGGCGGGCGGUACCUCCUCGGACGGUACGCAGAUCAACGGCUCGAUCUUGAUUCCCGUCACAGCCAUCAUCAUCGGUCUAUUCGUUGCUGGCUUCAUCGUCGUAUUCCGUCGCCGUAUAUUCAAUGUCUUCAGGAGGUGCUUCGGUCUCCCCCUUGUACCCUCCCCUACAACUCUCGGGUCGGCGGAGAAUGGUCAAGCGGCAGGAGGACAGCUAUCAGCCGAACAACUUGCAGGUACCGCACCAGCAAGAACCACGGGGAACGGCGGGACUGGCACCACAGCGACUGCGGUCCGGGGUCGACGAGCCCGGCGUGGCGUACGGCGGACGGACAGCGGGCAGAGUAUCCGGACUCUGCCUGCGUAUAGCAAGGAAGCGGGGGACGAGGAGUUGGUUCUGGUACGCAGGCAGAGCAUGCGGAGUGUGGACGAGCAGGAAGAGGGCGAGGAUGAUGUCGGGUUGGAAGAAGGGGAAGCGGGAGAUGAUGGGACGAUAGAAAUGAGGGAGAGGCGGACGUCUGGGGUGGGAGGGGUGCUUGACCGUGUGGCGUCGCUGAGGCGGUCGGGGUCGCUACGGAGCAUCGCUAGCGCGGUGAGCAGGAGAUCAUCCCGCGGUCCUACCGUCGAGGCGUCAGCACCGCCGGCGGAGGAGGCGGACAUUGCUGAGUCCGGCUACCCACCCUCCACUCCCCAGACUGCCCCUCCCGCUCGGGUCCGACAGGCAUCGCAGACCGGUUCCGUUCGGCGGGGAUGGGGCGAGGCGCCCACCUAUCUCGAAGCCAUGUCUUCCCCAUCACCCGCUGAUUCCAACCCCCCCUCCCACCCCUCGGAUCCCGGACCAUCCCGCACCACUCUGCGCGAACGGACCUCGUCAACUUUCCGCGGUCUUCUCUCCCGCACAGGCCUCGUUCCCGCUCCCACAUCCACCUACUCUGGACCUCUCGGCCUUCGUACCCGCAGCCCCCCAUCCACAACGUACGGUCGCCGGCCCACAUCCUCCGUCUCCCUCCUCCUCCAGCCCCAAACAUCCCGACACUCCUCCUCCCUCUCCCCAGACCCCACGACGUCCGCCUACCCCUCCCCAUGGACCUCGACCCACAGCCUCGGACUUAUAUCCUCCCCGAUACCCCAUUCGGCCGUGCGCGCAUCAUUCGAAACGACCGAUCUACCCCGUGCGGGCUUGUCGGAUGAUCAGAUGCGGUUUUUGGGCACGAGAGAGGCUACGAGUCUGGCGGGCGUGAGGGUGGGGGAGGUGCCGGUGGCGAAGAGGAGAAGGGGGAGUGGGGCGGUUCCGGGUCCGAGGAACGUUAGUGGGGGUAGCACGUUGAGUGGGGGGAGCAGUGGAGAGGUCGGACAAGAGGGAGAGGAGGGUCCGCCGACUUGGGGAGAGGUGGAUGAGGAGAGGAGGCAGGGGGAGGCGGCGCAUGGCAGAGUCGAAGCGAGUGCGGAUGUGGUGGGUGUGGGUAACAUCUCAGGGGAAGGCGGAGGUGGAGAAAGAUCGCCGGCUAGAGGUCAUGAGGACGCAAGUUCGCCAGCGACAAUCCCAGUCCGAUCCACACAUACUCCACCAGUAUUACCCGGCUCACCCAGUACAAGCGACAAUACACCGCCACCUCCACUUCCUCGCUUGGACAUCGUAGCGGCCACUCCAACUACGCCAACCUUUCCAUCUCGGUUCCCGGUCAUACCACCACCGGUCCUGGGGAUGUAG